AUGGCAUCAAUUGCGUGGAAUUUGCUUUUCAAGCAGAAAGAAAUUCCAGUGGAACUAUGUGAACAUCAAAAGAGCUCGGGAACAUUUUCUCCUCUCGAAAACCGUAAUGAGGCUAGCGAAGUCAAUAACGAGAAAGGCAUCGAAGAGUGUCUAGUCUGUAAGACCAAAGAAAAAGCGAUAACAAAAUACCGUCGAAAACUUAUAGCUGGUCUCGCUCUCCCAGUCCUAAUCCAAGCUCUCGACACAACGAUACUUGCUGGAGCAAUAACCACUAUCGCUUCCGAUUUCAACCAACUCUCCCAACUCAACUGGAUAGUAGCAUCUUAUAACCUCACAUCAGCAACCUUCAUUCCAUUCUGGGGCCAAUUCGCCGACAUCUUCGGCCGCUAUGCCGCUCUUCAAAUCGCCCUCUCCUUCAUGCUUCUAGGUAGCAUUCUCUCCUCAGCAGCACCCACAACCGCCUUCCCAAUGCUCCUUCUAGGGCGAGCAUUCCACGGAAUAGGAUGUUCCGGAUGUUUAAUAACCUCCAAAGUAGUCCUCGCAGACAAAGUCUCCCUCAAGGAAAAUGCAAAGAACAACACUCUUUUCACAGUCGUCGCAGGAAUAGGCUACGGAAUCGGUCCAGUAAUAGGAGGAUAUCUCACGGAAGCAAAUUGGAGAUGGUGUUUCAUAAUCAACAUCCCACUUGGUCUCAUCGGCCUCCUACUAAUCCACUUCCUCCUCCGCUCCGAACUAAUCGGUGCCCAACGCAUCGAAACCUCAUCACCAUCAAACCCAUCACCAAAACCCCCAACCUUCACCACCCGCUUCCUAACCUUCGACUUCGGCGGCCAACUCCUCUUCCUCUUUGGUCUCGGCCUCCUAGUCCUGGCCCUAACCUGGGGCGGUUCCACCUACCCCUGGACAUCCAUCAAAGUCAUCAUCCCCCUCAUCCUCGGCGUCCUCCUCAUAGUCGGCUUCCUAAUAUGGGAAUAUAACCUCCUUCCAACGCACUACCUCGCGACGCGCUUCCCAACCCAAAAACCCAUGAUCCCAUUCCACCUCCUCACCAAACGCAACGCCUGGAUCCUGCUCUACAUAAACCUCAUCACAGGUAUGUGCAUGUACGCCGUCUUCUACUUCGUCAGCAUAUACUUCACGCUGGUACAAUCCUUCGCGCCAGGAAAAUCAGGAACGUCAUUGACAUACUACCUACCUGGUCUCGCCGGCGGAGCCUACCUCGCCAUCCUCCUCACAACCCAAACCUUCUUCCCCCUCCUAACCGGCACCCUCCUCGAAGCCCUCGGCAUAACCGUCCUCGCCACCGCCCUCCAAGCCGAUAACCUCAAACUCAUCUACGGCAUGCUAGUCCUCACGGGCAUCGGCACCGGUCUACGCAUCAUGCCGGGCACACUCCACGGCGUCGGAUACUUCCCUACCCAGAUCUCCUCUAUCGUCUCACUCAUGUCGCUUGCUACAUCCCUAGGUGGCGUCAUUAGCACUACUCUGCUGCUGAAUAUCUUCAACAACACAAUCUCCUCGUCCGAUCUGAAUGCGAUUUCGUCCGCGAAAACUGCGACGAGUGAGGCGAUUGCGGGACUACCAUCUGGGAUAAGAGAUGCCUUUCGGGAUGAUGCGAGACGGGGGAUUGUGCUUGGGUUCUUUGCGUUGAGUGCGUUUGCGUGGGUGGGAUGUGUGGUUGUGUUAGGGUUGGGGAAUGUGUGGGUUGAGAAAGGGGGAGAGGGGAAGGGUGAGGUCGUGGAGGGGAGUUAUUUGGGAAGUCUGGUUGGGGGGAGGAAGGAGGAGGUGGGAGAGAAUGUCUAG